AGACCUGACUACACCGGAAGUCACAGUUGGUUGUUCAUCAGCACGGCUGGAGUGAACCGGCAACGACGACACCGGGGGAAGAAGAGGGGCCGGUGAAAGACGAAAGAGCACACAAUCCACAAAGUUCUGCUUCCACUCACUGCACGCUUCUCAUUCUGAACAUCAUCAUAACAAGAGCCUGACGUGCAGGAGGAGAGCCCUGUGUAUUUCAGUGGAAGGGAGUCUGUAGUGACUGUCAGCUCCUUUGAGCGGGGGAGAGAGAGAGAGUCUGUUGUUUCUGUGAGCCCGGUGUGUGAGAAGAGGAGUGUGUGACCAUAGUGUGUGAGCAGCUCUCCCUAUGUGUGUUACAAUGGGGGACAUCAGUGACCUGGACCGACAGAUAGAACAGCUCAGACGCUGUGAGCUCAUUAAGGAAAAUGAAGUCAAAGCACUGUGUGCCAAAGCCAGAGAGAUUCUGGUUGAAGAAAGCAAUGUCCAGAGAGUAGACUCUCCGGUCACAGUUUGCGGUGAUAUACACGGUCAGUUCUAUGACUUGAAAGAGCUUUUUAGAGUUGGUGGAGAUGUCCCAGAGACAAAUUAUCUGUUCAUGGGUGACUUUGUGGACAGAGGCUUCUACAGUGUGGAGACUUUCCUUCUUCUGCUAGCUCUUAAGGUGCGUUACCCAGACAGGAUAACCCUGAUCCGGGGAAACCACGAGUCUCGGCAAAUCACCCAGGUCUACGGCUUCUACGACGAGUGCCUCCGCAAGUACGGUUCAGUCACCGUCUGGAGAUACUGCACCGAGAUCUUCGACUACCUGUCCCUCUCUGCUAUUAUUGACGGCAAGAUCUUCUGUGUGCACGGUGGCUUGUCUCCAUCCAUCCAGACACUGGACCAGAUCCGGACCAUUGACAGAAAACAGGAAGUGCCCCACGAUGGGCCCAUGUGUGACCUCCUGUGGUCGGACCCUGAAGAUACCACAGGGUGGGGGGUGAGUCCCAGAGGUGCUGGCUACUUGUUUGGGAGCGAUGUGGUGGCCCAGUUCAACGCCGCCAACGACAUCCACAUGAUCUGCCGAGCACAUCAGCUGGUCAUGGAGGGCUACAAGUGGCACUUCAACGAGACCGUGCUCACAGUGUGGUCAGCACCCAACUACUGCUACAGAUGUGGCAACGUGGCUGCCAUCUUGGAACUAGAUGAGCAUCUACAGCGGGAGUUCAUCAUAUUCGAGGCAGCGCCGCAGGAGACCAGAGGCAUCCCCUCCAAGAAGCCAGUAGCUGAUUAUUUCCUGUGAAGUCUUCGAGCAGACAGCCAUGAUGAUGUGUCGAGAUCUCCGGUACCAUUUCACACCAGCCGCCCUCCACCCUGUGCUGGACGGUUCUGUCAGUCUGAACUCAGAGCAGUUUGACAGAAAACCUGCCAAACCCCCUGCGAGGCUCCGCAGAGCCUCAGCUUGAAGAGCUGGAUUUUUGCCGCACUGCCCGAGCCUGACAGAGCAGUCACUGUGAAAGGUUAAGGGGCGAGGUGGAUACUGGGUCCAUGACUGUUGUCACCGUCAGAGUUUCUUUUCUCCCCUCAGCCUCCUUCCAUUUCCAUCUGUUGUCCUCUUCUCUCUCUCCCUGUAGAUACGACUCUCCCUCCCUGACUUAACCUCCACCACCAUUGUAGGUUCUUUUCAAGACGAACAUUGUCAUUUAGUUUUAGGAGUAUUUGGAAGGAGCUAGAUCUUUUUCUUUCUUUUUUUUUUUUUUUAAUAUGCUGAUGUAGGAAGUUUCACAAUUUACGAUUUAAGGAAUUCCUUUGAAGCAUAUGUUGUCUUUUCUUUUUCUUUCUUUUUUUUGUUUUUGUAUAAUUGUUGCUGCCAGGAUUACAUGCAAAACAACUUAUCCCUUUUUGCUCUUACGUUUUCUGUUUAAUUGUCAUCUGUUUUGUGUGACACUAUUUAACAUAACCAGUGCUGCUGCUCAGCACCAUCACAAAUAAAUCCCAGAGAUGUAAUGACUGGCCAAACGGAGUCACUAUAUUCACCAUUGUUUUCUCUUAAUUCCUUUUAAUCUACAAAUCUCUGUAGGUCUGUCAAUUUUGAUAUUGUGAGAAUAAAGUUUUUAUAUCGAUGCUGA